AUGAGCUCAAAAAUCAACUUUAUAACAUGGAAUUGUAGAGGAUUCACUGAAAACCCAAACAAUCAACACAAUUCCUACCAAAAAGCUGUUGACACACUACAACUACUUAUAUCAAAACUUCCACCUCGUCCAACAAUCUCAAUACUCACUGAACUCAAUUUAUCACCAUUACAACUUAAACAUGAUUUUCCCGAUCACAUCAUCUCUGUCACCAAACGAGGAAAUGGUGUAAUCAUCAUUAACCAUAACCCAAACACACUCAAACUCAAACACAUAUCAACAAUUGAUGGUAGAGCUAUUUUAGCAGACGUUAUAUUUCCAAAUCAAUUACCAAUUGGUAUUCUUGGAAUUUACGCACCAGCAUCAAAUAAUACCAUCAAAAAGAAUUCAUAUGCAACUUCACUACAAACACUUCUCCACAACCACUCAACAAACCCAAUACCAAACCAAUCCCAACAUGUAUCUAUUAUCGCAGGAGAUUUCAACUGUAUCCACAACGACAAUUCACUAUUAGACGAUAUUAUCCAAUCCUACACAUACCAACACCAUCUAAUUGAUCAAGGUGAAUUUAAAAACACUCCAACUCAUACACAUGGCAACAGAUUAGAUAGAAUAUAUACUCAAUACAAUAGAAUAGACCCUGAAAAUAUAUAUACACAAGUCCACCAAAUUCCAUCUUCAUUAUCAGAUCAUAAUCCAAUAUCAACAACAAUUUCUUCACCUUUUCAAAUAAAUAAACAUAAGAAAAGAUGGAUAUUAUCACCUGGUACUGCAAAUGACCAUGAAGCAAUCAAUAUUAUCAAUCAUUUAAUAACUAAUCACAAUAACACAUCAAUCAAUCAAUUUACAAACUGGUCAAAAGUAAAAUCAAAAAUUAUUAAAACUCUAAAAAACUAUCAAUAUAACAAAGACAAACAAACUCAACGUGCAAAACAAAUACUAUUAGAAAAAGCAGCAAAAUUCAAACAUCUUGAAGAACAAUGCAUCGCUGAAUACAAUAUUAUAUGUAACAAAAACAAAUUACAUCAAAACCACACAAACAUAUUAAAAAAACAUAUAAAUGGAGAAAUACCUAGCAAGUAUCUAUCAGCAAUACUAAACAAAAGAUCAAAAGAUGCAAAAAUUGAAUCAAUCCAAUAUGGUAACAUAAUUACAUCCGACCCCGACCAAAUUGAAAAUGCGUUUGUUGAAUUCUACACAAAUCUAUAUAGCUUACAAAUAUGUUGUCCAAUUACUCACCAGCUCAUGCUAAACACAUGGCCCAUCAUAAAAAAUGAAUAUUGGAAUGGUUUAGACUCACCAUUUAUACAAGAUGAAGUUGAAGCUGCAAUUAAAACCUGUAACCCCAACAAAUCACCCGGUCCAGAUGGCGUUACAAACGCAUUCUACAUUAAUCAUUUAAACCAAGUUAAACCAAUUCUCACUACAUUAUUCAACGAUAUACUAGAAAAUCCUCACCACAUCACAACAGAAUUCACCGAAGGUCUUAUACACACAAUAUACAAGAAAGGCAACCCCUUACUCAUAUCAAAUCGUCGUCCCAUUACACUUCUAAACACUGAUUACAAGAUCCUCUCAAAAGUAAUCAAUGCACGUCUUCUGAGAAUACUUCCUUUCAUCAUCAACAACAACCAAACUGGUUUCGUACCCCACAGAUUCAUCAUAGACAACAUCAUCAACAUCAAUGAAUUAAUCAAUUACCUCAAAUCUAAAAACCUCCCUGGUAUCAUCACACUAUUUGACUUCUUUAAAGCAUUUGAUUCUAUCUCUCACGAUAGCAUUAAAAGAACAUUAAUUCAUAUUGGUAUACCAAUAAAAUUAAUAAAUUUAAUCCACAAGCUAUUAUCUGACUCACAAGCAAAAAUUUCAAUUAAUGGUAAAACGACCAGAAAAUUCGAUAUUAAAAGAGGUGUAAAACAAGGUGACCCAAUCUCAGCCACUUUAUUUGUAAUUGUAAUUGAAAUAUUAGCAAGAACAAUAAAUGCAGACAAUUCAAUAAUUGGAUUACCAAUUUCACCCAAUCCACAAAUUAAAAUCAAAUUUACCCAAUUUGCAGACGACUCUACAACAUACAACAUCAACUACGAACAACAACAACAAUCAAUCAAACAUUUCGAUAAUUUCUGCGCUUCAACAUCAUCAUCUUUAAAUUUUGACAAAAGUGCAAUAAUAGAAAUCAACCCCCACAAAAUCACUGAUAAACACAUAAUAAACAACAUUCCACAAUCAAAAAGAAUUCCAAUAACCAAAAAAGAUGAAGAAAUUCAAAUUAAUAAAUUAAUCUCAUGGUUUAUGAAUUCUCCCGCAAAUUCUGAAUCACCAACUCUCGAUACCAAUUCCAUUGAAAACAACACAUCAACCAUCCAUUCACGUGCAAAAAUACCUUUGAUGUGUUAUGAUAGAUCAUUAAAACCAUUAAAAGAAGGAGGUUGGGGUAUGUGGAAUAUCCAAUUACGACAAGUUGCUCAAAAGAUUUGGAUAUACAACAGAUUUUUACAAAUGCAUAAAUCUGCAAACAAUUCAAUAUACAUGAUAAGUUGGAUGGAUCAAAUCAUCAACAAAUCAAUCUCUUCUCCAUACCUUAUAAAAAUAAAAAAAGAAUGGGAAAACUAUGCAACUCAAAUUGGACAUCUAAAAGAUAAAGUUCAAAUCCUACAACCAAUAUUAACAAAAAACCAACCCUCUCAAACAUUAAACACAAAUAAUAUUUCACUACCACCAACACUCAAAGAAAUCUACUCGACAAUACUAAACAAUCACCAAUGCAAAUCAAAAGACUAUAUUGGCAAGAAAUAUUCAGAUCUACUUCUUACUUCGCACCAACAAUCAAUACAACUAUUAUGGAAAUACACAUACGACCAACUUUUUGUCAAAAUUCAAAAAUUAAAAGAUCCAAAAGGCCGAGAUACAAUGCAAAGAUUCCAUGCUAGAUGUCUUCCGAUUAAUCAUCUACACAACAAAGUUUGCCCCAUUUGCAACAAUGAAAUGAAUAAUGAUCCCUAUGGUCAUUUGUUUUUCAAUUGUCAGCACACAAUCAACUUCAUUAACCACGACAAAUUAAAAUAUUUUAUAUAUAAAAAUUGCAAUGGAAACAAAAACUGGUCACUAACAAAAAACCAAACAACAAAAUUAUACACACUCAUUUAUAAACCACAAACAAACAACAAAGCAUUUAAACCAGAUCCAACUAUCAAUAUUAAUUUUCAUUUUGCAGAAAACGCACAAUAUAAAAAAUACAGGUUCAACUGGAAUUAUAUAAACACAAAUCUUGAUCUAGUCAGAACACAUGCAUAUUGGAACAUAAUCUCAUUAGUUAUUCACCAAAUAUGGAUAUGGUUAUGCAAAUCAUUAUUUGACAUCAAUAUAACUCAAUCAAUUGACAAUUGGAACAACCAAAUAAACAACACAACACUAGAUUAUGAUAUAUUAAAAUCAAAAUGGCACAAGCUAAUAAGAUUGGAAUAUUCAAGAAGGUUAUCAAACUUUAACCAAUUCUCAAUUAAAAACAACCUCACAAAAACUCAAAAAGAAACCCAAUGGUCCGAAACCAUCAAAAAAUUUAAAAAAGAAUGGAGCAUAAACACAAAUGAACCAAUUCCAACAAUUACACCACCAAUUAAUUAUUAA